AUGAACAAACGAACAAACAAACAAACAAUAAUAACAACAACAACAGCAACAAACAACGAAGCUCCAAAAUACAACGAACUGACCAUUAAAAAUUUUCCUCCACCUCAUUACCUUGCCUAUGUCAUUCAUCGUUCUUAUCAAUUUCUGGACCCCAGAAUAUACCAAAUAAAGUAG